GAGAGCACAAAUGUCCAACAGCAGCUCCAUCAGCUACUUCCUCCUGCUGGCAUUGGCAGACACGCGGCAGCUGCAGCUCCUGCACUUCUGCCUCUUGCUGGGCAUCUCCCUGGCUGCCCUCCUGGGCAACGGCCUCAUCAUCAGCGCCGUAGCCUGCGGCCAGCACCUGCACACGCCCAUGUUCUUCUUCCUGCUCAACCUGGCCCUCAGCCACCUGGGCUCCAUCUGCACCACUGUCCCCAAAGCCAUGCACAAUUCCCUCUGGGACACCAGCAACAUCUCCUAUGAAGGAUGCACUGCUCAGGUAUUUUUGUUUGUAUUUUUCUUUUCAGCAGAAGUUUCCCUCCUGACCAUCAUGUGCUACAACUGCUACGUGUCCAUCUGCAAACCCCUGCACUAUGGGACCCUCCUGGGCAGCAGAGCUUGUGCCCACAUGGCAGCAGCUGCCUGGGCCAGUGCCUUUCUGGAUCUGGCAGUGUCAGUUCUGUACUCAGUGGUGCCUCCAGCCCUGAACCCCCUGAUCUACAGCCUGAGGAACCAGGAGCUCAAGAAUGCCCUGGGAAAACUGGAGACU